UGACCACGAAAAUGUCAGAGGAGCUGCAAGCUGAUUUUGAGAGUGGUGAUUCUGGUGUCUCCAAUGUGUUCCCCGCACAGUGCUCUUCCCUUCGUAAGAAUGGACACUUCGUGAUCAAGGGCCGUGCCUGCAAGAUUGUAGAAAUAUCAACUUCAAAAACUGCCAAACACGGUCACACUAAGGUACAUCUGAUCGGUAUUAACCUUUUUACCGGUAAGAAAUAUGAAGAUAUCUGUCCUUCAACCCGCAACAUGGACGUGCCAGUGGUCAAGAGUGUACACUACCAGCCUACUGACAUAUCUGACGACGACUACCGUAGUCAUAUGAGGAUACGGUUGAACUGGGUGACAGUCCUGGCUGCUAUGGAAGAGGAAAUGGUAGUUGCUACCAAGCCAUAUAUGAAGUAA